CGCAGGUUCGGGAGCCCUGGGAGCUCUGCGUGCGUCUGCCCUCCGCGGGGUUUCCUUUCAGCGGUGCUUCCCCUCAGGGCUUCCCCUGAGGACUCGAAAAGCGCCGGUUCUUUGCUCUGCCCUCAGCGCUGCGCUGCGGUGAGGCGCUGCUACGAGAGGCGGUGCGGCCGGUGCGCUCUGUGACUCAGGGCUGUGCGGGAGGCUCACGCGUGUUUCAUUGUUGUACAAUUAAAGAACACGUCUCUGGGGAAGGGAAGCGUGGAACCUCGGCUUCUCACCGAGGCGAUUCACACGCGAGGCGCGGGAGCAGAUGUAGCGUUAGGGCAGGAGCCGAGUCAGAUCCUGUGCUGCACUGAGUCAUGGCGCUGGAGGCGGGUCGGCGCAUUGUUAGGAGGCUGUUGUAGAAGAAAGAUGCUUGAAGAAGAGGCUCACGCAGUUGGGAAGAUGAAGUUGGCUUUGGAAAUCCACCCCAAUGCUCUGGCGUAUUCCAUGACCACGUUGGGUGCUGGAAUGAUGAACAGUAUCUUUAAUUUCUACUACGUCAAGCUUUUCCUAAACCGAUACAGAAUUUCAGAAGUAGCAUUUCAUCAAGCACAGGUUGUAUUUAUGAUAUGGAACGCCAUUAAUGAUCCACUUUUUGGCUAUAUUCAAGACAACUCCCAGUUGCCAUGCUGCUCCAGACGCCAGUUUUCAAUUCUGUACGGAGCUCCGUUAUACGCGUUAGCCUUUUUGCUUCCUUGGUUUCCUUGGAGACAUUAUGAAGAAGGUGACUGGCUGAGUGGGCUGCACCUCAUUGUCGCGUUGUGUGCUUUUGAUGGUUUGCUCACCUUUGUGCUGCUCGCACAGUGCGCGCUCUUUGCAGAAAUUUCAACAAGACAUGAAAGCAGGCUUCAGCUUAUAAAAUACAACCAAGUAGCAACAUUGAUCGGGUCAACAAGCGUUCUCUUUUGUGGCCUGAUAUCAGAUAAUAUGGAAAAUUUUGCUUAUUUUCAGGCUUUCGCUGUUUUGAUUGCAGCGUUAGCAACAGCUUGUAUGUAUUACACAGGCAAAUACAGUACCAGUCAGUAUGAGCAGAGAGGAGUUCUUGCUGAGAAUGCUGAUCGAGGAAAUGGUGACAGAGCUCUCUCCUGGUCCUCGGUGAUCUCAUUAACCAAACAGAUUAUGACAGAGAAAAACUUUUUAUUUUUUGUUACUAUGAACUUCUUCCAAGUUUUCCACUUAGCCUUCUGCAACAAUUUUAUGAUGAUCUUUGCGGAUAAUCUCAUUCCUCAGGAUGUCCUUUCUUCUUCUGUAAGAAGCAUCAUGUAUGGAGCAGGCUUCAUUUGUCCUCAGUGCCUUGUUCUUCUCAGUCAUGCUUCGUUGAAGAAGUUUGGUUACUACAGAAUCAUCUUGUUUUCCUUUUACUUUGAAGGAGUAGCUGCUGCUGUCAUGUUUGUUCUAGGACCAGGACAUUACUAUCUCUUGGCAUUUUAUCUCACAACAAACAUGGUAAUUGUACAAGCUUCGUUUAGUUUGUUCAAUUUGCCUUUGGCAGAUAUUGUUGAUGCAGAUUUAAUCAAGCACAAGCGAAGAUCACCGCUUUCCUCUAUGGUUUUUGGUACCAAUGCUUUAUUUACCAAGCCUGCCCAGUCCUUGGCUCCAAUGCUUGUGGUUACAAUACUGAAUCAAUUUGGUUAUGAGAGCUUGAAUAAUGAAGUUGCUCAGCCUGAUCCAAGCCUGUUUUUAGGUCUUCAUGACGCCAUGUUCUAUUUGAUCUGUCUGGUUCCACUUUGCAUUGCAGUCGUACAGAUCGUGACGUGGACUCCCUUUUCAAUCCAGAAUAGUCACAUGGCAGCUGCACACUAAUAUUUAACUGUUGGUCAUUAAAUCGUCUGAUGAACCACACCACAAAGGACUUAGCAUAUUUUAAAUGUGAAAAAGCAAGAUUGCCUUCAGUGGACUGUCAGACCAAAUACAGUUUGAGCCACUUCAAUGAUAUUGCACCCUUCUCUGUAAUGAAUGUAACAAUCCACGUUCAGCCUUAAUGAUGAGCCUAUAUAGAGGGGUUUUUGAGUUGAGUUAUUUAAAUGUAUUGUGCUUUGUCCAUAAUUACUACUGAGGUCAUUUUUGAUACAUACUGGUCACUGUUACCUACUUUGAAGAACGGAUAUGGCAGAUCAGGUGAGGGAAUCCCAACUCAGCACUUGGAAUUUGAGGGAUGUAUGUUCUUAACCUGACUGAAAGGUGGAGGAUGAAUUCUGUCAUACCUGAUAAAAUGUCAGCUCUCUGAGGUUAGGCCAUAAGAGCCCAGAGGGACAUCCCUCAGGGAUGGCAGAGAGAUGAAGAAAAAGAUGGAGCUGGUGUCCUGCUGACCAGUAUCGACUCAAAUCUGCCAGCUGCUACAGGAAGAGGUCCUAUAAAAAAUCUCUGUCAAACUAAAUUAGAAAAAGAUUAGAAUGUUAUUCAAUUAGGUGUUAUGGAAAAGACUCCAUACUUCCUCUUGGCUUUCAAAAUGUCUGCACUUGGUGGCAGGUAGAUGUAGUUCCUGGCUUUUUGAAUGGGAAAAUUGUUUUGAGGUGCAGCGUUGUUAGCUUAUACAAAACGUCACUGUGGAAAGAAGAACAUAUGGAUAGAGCAGUGUUCACUUAGUUGGUUCAAAUCCUAGUACACACAUUAAGUCACACUCUACCUGCUUAGUAGUUUUAGAUUGGCAAAUUUGUUUGUGCUCACCGUUGAAUUUAAUGAAUUAAUGAUUCAUCCAGUUGAUGUUAAUUUCUGAUUUAGCCUUACAAAAAUGUCUUCAGGCAAGUUUUUGAAUUGAUCCUGUGAUUUUUCUAGAAUAAAGGUUUUUAUACAAUUUCAGGAACAUUGAAUCCUAUCUCUGUUUCACACAUGCUGUCCUAAUACUCUUGCUAUGAGGGCAGGAGAAAGAAAGCAUAUUUAAUCACACCCAUAAUCAGUCUAAAGAAGUGAAUAGCCAGCUUUAAUUGAGGUGGAAGUCUUACUAUAUGAAAUAGUGAUAGGAAGUUGACAGUAUUUUAUGAUUGACAUAAUUUGUUCUCCAUUUCUCUGUCAUUCAUUAAACUUUGUUAUCCUUUGCUAAACCAA